GUACAUAGAAGGGAGGACGGGAGGAGUUCGGCUCCUCGGCGGCGGAGUUUUGAUGCUAGCGAACCGGGAAGCAGGAAGCUCGGCCGGCGGCGCGGAGGAGGCGCCGCCCGGCUUGUCCGCCCGGGAGGAGGCACCCCUCGGACGGCCUACUGGGGGUCUCCUGUCCCGCCUGGUGGACUGGAAGCUGCGAGCGAGCAGGACCUUUGCCUUGUUCGCUGCAGCCAACGCGGCGAUCUGGUUGUUGGCCUGCAGUUGGUUGCAAGUGUACUGCUUGCUCGCACUCCUGCUGGCUCUGAUGGUCGUCAUGGCAACCGUCAGGGAUGCAUUUGGCUCCGGAAGCAAAGGAGAUCGCGUGUGGUGCAAAAUGUUGGCAAGCUGGGAGAUAAUGGACCCGGACUCACCCCAGGACUCAGGCUCAGAACUCCACCUGAGCAGCUCUCUGCACCUGUUCCUGCAGGAGACGUCGGCCUUCAAGCAGCAGAACCCCGGCAAGUUCUGCUUGCUGGUGUGUAGCUUCUGCACUUUCUUUGCUGUCGUGGGACGGUACAUUCCAGGGAUUAUCAUCUCCUACUUUCUUGUGUUGUCGGUCUUCCUAUGGCCUGUGCUUUCGUCUCCGGAGGCAUCCUUGUGGCUGAAGCCGGUUUUGCAGAAACUGGACUUUGGCGUGGCGGCGUUGCUGCGGAAGAUAAAAGAGGAUCACGAAAAAAGAAUCCUGAAGGCUCAGGUUGAGAAGGAGUCCCUGGAGUCGGAUCUCUCCUCCAUGUUUCCCAAGUUGGACUCGGCGGCGUGCAAGGAGUUGUCGGUGUCGGACACGUCGGUGUCGGAGGUGACGUGGACAGACAACUUGAAUCUGUCGGAGGAGAACACGCCGCAGACGGAGAACUCUGAAGACCUGGACAGAGAGGAGGUGUUCUCUGGGGGUCUACAUGACUUUCCUUCUGUGGACAACGGGGCCACCACUAAUGGCGAUGACGACGACGACGACUUCGGCUUUCCUCAGCCUAUUGGGAGCCAGCGCGCCGCUCGGCUGCAGCCAGAGGCCCCGCACGGCGCCCUCGACCUGGUCCAGAACGCGGUCCGGGAAGCCGUCGCUGUCGCCAUCCAGGAACGGAUGGAGGCGGCCGUGGGGUUCAGACUCCCCAAGGCGGCCGACGAGUCGGACAGCGAGGCCGAUGACUUUGAGCUGCUGGACCAGGCUGAGCUGGACCAGCUGGGGGCGGAACUGGACCUCCUGGGAGGAGCCGGAGUCAAGACCGCUGCGGAAGAACGCAAUGACAAAGCCCCCGGGUUCUUUGCUAAACUUCUGAGACGCCACUGAUGCACAGGACGGUGGGAGAGCCGUGACUUACGAGUUGAAUUCAUUCUGUGACCAAGCUCGUAACUCACUUAACUCGUACAAGGGUACGUUGACUUAUGAGUGCCACAACUUAUAGUUUUUCGUGUUACAAGCCGUUCUUUGGUCGUUUUUUUGUUGUUUUUUUGUUUUAUGUUUCUUGCAAAAAAUGUACUUGGUGAGCUUUGGCAGCUAUGAGUGUUGUGAUAUUGUCUCUCUACGUGUUGCGCCUUCAUUUGUGUUCAAAUAGCUGUUGCUUAAAGAGUUAUACCACUCCAACAAUCGAUGUUAAUCAUAAGCACGUCUAUGGCGUUUUUUAUUUUAUUUUUUUAUUAUGCGUUAGCAUGAAGCUAGCGGUGGCAUUUCUAAAGCAAAGUUGUUUAAUUGUUUGAAAUACACAACUUGUAAUUAAUUGUUUAAUGUUUAUUUUACAGUGAACUUCAACUGGAAGUGGAAACAAAACAACUUGAAGCCUCGUUUUUGAAGAAUUGUUCACUUAUUUGCUAAACUGCUGCUUAUUGUGAAGUCAGUUUUGUUUGUUGCCACCAUACAGCACUCUUAUUGUAAUUUUGCGCUUGCAAGUCAAAGCAAAAAAAUGUACUGAUGCACAGCUCGUAUCUUGAAAAACUCAGUAGUCACUCAUAUCUCAAGGCACCACCGUACAGAUAUCUGCUGUGCUUUGUGCUCGCAUUUUGUGCAGGUGUUUUGCCAAAUGUCUUUUUUCUAACCAUGGAUCCUCAGAAGGUGAGUCCUAAGAUGCUUGGGCGUAGCUCCAAUUUUUGCUUGUAACACAAAGCAAAAAAGUCAGCCAAGUGUACCUCGUGGAAAAACUCCUAAGUCGGGGCACUCGUAAGUCAAGGAAAUGAAAUUUGGUAGUCAUGUAUUUCAUCAGGAGGCCCCCAAAAGAAUGCAAAUCUGCCAUUUUAGUUUGAAGCAGCCAUUUUAGGAUUGUAAAACUAAACACAACCACAACAAUUUUUUUUUUUUAAAUUCAGCUCACAAACCCAGUUUGACUUUGUGAUGUGAAAUUUGGUGGAUGUGUUUAUCAGGAGUAGACUGAAAAAAAGUCUCAAGAAGCAAUGCUGGAGAAGGCACAGGAAGGCUGCCAUUUUGGUUCAAACCAGCCAUUUUAAGGUCAUGUCAGCCAUUUCCAGGGGUCGCUAAAUUGUUUGAUGCCUCCUGGAAUUUUUUUAAAUUCAGCCCCCGAAGCCGGGAAAUUUGAUAGACGUGUUUAUCAAGAGUAGACCCAUGCCGAAAAAAGACACCAGAAUUCUGCCAUUUUGGUUUGAAGCAGCCAUUUUAGGGUCAUAAAACAAAACUAUGUGAAGUCAACCACAACAAGUUUUUGAAAAUUUAGCCCCUGAAGUCAGUUUAUUUGACUUGGAAACAUUAAAUUUAGUGGGCAUGUCUAUCAUGAGUAAACCCACAAAAAAGUAUCAUGAAUCCAUGCCGGAAAAGAUAAAGACACAUUUUGGUUUGAAGCGGGCAUUUUAUGGUCAUGUUGGUCAUUUCCAGGGGUCGCUAAAUUGUUUGAUGCCUCUUGAAAUUAUGGGAAAAUUCAGCCCACAAAGUCAGUUUGACUUAGGAACAUGAUAUUUUGUUUUCAUCUCUAUCAUUAGUAGACCCACAAAAAAGUCUCAAACAACCAUGCCUAAAAGGACACGUGAAGCUUGGCGUUUCCCUUUGAUCAGAUGAUAAUUCAGUCUGAAAGGGUGUUGUCUUCGUUGUUGCUAUGGUUAUAAUUGUCUGAAUGGAUUUAUUGGCCUUUCACUACAAUAUUAAGAAAUGUAACUAAUGUUUAUAGUGGAAUGUAUAUUGAAUGAAUGUGCAAACAAAUGGAAAACCCAGUAAGAAUUAUGGAUGUCAGUUGUAAUGUGACGAUGUCUAGUUGCAAAUUGCUUCAAUCUGAUUUGUUUCUCGUUUUUUUAAGUUUUAUCCCGCUGGGUGGAUUUUUUUUUACUUUGUCCUUUCUAAACAUUUUAUAACAUUUUCAUUUAAGUUACAAUUGUUGUCUCGUGCUUCACUGAAAUCAACAAAUGCUGUAUCAAUGCUUAUCAAGUAUUUACGCACCUUAAUGAAUAAAACAAAACUGCACCUUGUCCAUGUUUUAUACUAAAAUCACAAUUUGUGUAAUUAUCUUGUGUGUGUGUGUGUGUGUGAUAAUCAUGUGGUUUUGUAUGACGGGAUGACAAAUAUUAAGUUCAACAGUGCCUAAAAAUCUGCUGCUUUACGUCCAGUGACUGUUGACCCAAACUGAUCAAGCUUUACUUGACAAAAUGUUCUCGACAUAGUCAUCUAUGUUAUCAUACAAUUACGAUAAAUGUCCUCAGUUGCCUUCUGCUUGGCAGAUAUUUCUUGUUUGACAUGCAUCAAUGUAUCCAUGUAACUUGAAUCCAUAAUAUUAAUAAAAUGUUACAGUGGAACGUGUACUAUCGCGUUUGUGU